UUGGCAGAAUUCGUUGGCGCUUGAAGUAGUUUGAAGUGGGUUCUAGAUUCCACUUCAAAUUUGUUUAUAUUCUUUGACAAAUCUGAGAAUUUUGAUUUUACCACACUUGGUUUUGAGCAAAUCUUCUGUAGGGGUUUAUUUUUGUCGUGUUAUGUUCACAAAUUGAAGGCAAAAUGGAGCGGGGAAACACCACGCCAACCAAGAAAAGGAAACCAGCUCCACCAGUGUCACCGGCAGCCAGGGUACUCACAAGCAGAGCUUUGAACAAAAACAAAAAUAGCCCUCGAAAAAGCCCGAGAAAGGUUCCCCCGAAGACUUCAAAACCUCUCAAUGAAUCUGACGACAGUGAUGCUUCAACUCUGAGCGAGGAAAAGUUGAUGGAAUAUUUAGGGAGGCAAAGUUGGAAAGGCAAUCUAAGGCCGAGCGGAGUUGCUCCACAAUAUCAACAAGCUUCAGAGCCUAAUGAAGACUCAAAUUCUGAUGUACACUCAAGGCCUUCUACGUCAAAAGAAAGCACAAAGUCAACCAAGCGAAUUUACUUGCCCUCGAUGUCACCUGAUAAAAGAAGAAAUUCUAAAGAUGGCCAAAAUGUUACAGACAAAGCUGAGAAUCAUGACUCAUCUUGGCAGCAACAUAAAAAUAGCUUGGAAGCUUUCCAGAAGGGUGGGGCUGUCCGCCACAGUGACAGCGAGGAUAGCGAGCCAGACUUGUUCCAGAGAACAAAGGUUCAUCAAAGCCCUAAGAGAACCGAUGAUACUAGAUUUGAGGAACUCCUUUCUGCUGAGGCUCCAAAGUCUUCUGUCAAUGCUCCUCCUGAGGUAGAAAGUGACCCUGAGAGCCCUAUCAAUGUCCAGCGCAAGAAAAACAAGAAGUCUGUCCGAGGCAAUGAAACAAGAAAUAUAGAUCUACAGCUUGAUAUGACUAGGUACACUGAAUCACGAAAUAGCAUUGUAGAUCCCUCUGUUGAUAGUGAGGCUGACAGUCCAGUGAAAGCCAGGAAGCCACGAUACAAGAAAUCCAUGCGAGGUAACGAAUCUCGACUAGUAGAUCUGCAGCUGGAUGCUUCCAAAAUGUCUCCACGUGCUAGCAGCGCUGCCUUGAUGGAAGACUCUGAUAGUGAUGGCAUUGAUAUAGAUAAAUUGAGACGUCCAAAAAUUAAAAAAUCUCUUCGUCCUAAUGAAACCAGACACUUGGAUCUACAGCUAGAAUCAAGCAAUACUUCGAAAGCAGCCACCUCAGAGGAAACCAGUGAUGAGGAGAAUAUCCCAUCAAGAAAUACAAAAUCCAGGAAGUCUAAGAAGAGCGUUGCACAAACUCUAGACGUGUCUUUCACAUCAUUGAAUAGCGACAACCAGCCUGCCGAGGAAAGAGAAUCUGAUGAGGAUAUAGAAAAUAUUCCACAUCGUCAGUCUAAACUUGUGAAAGAAAAGUCAACUUUAAAUGUUGAACUUCCUCAAAUGACACCAGAGAAAACAGUUCCUGUUGAGCCGAUUGCUUCGGACACAGAAGAGUCUCCUGAACAACUGAGAAGGUCUAUGAUGUCUGGCAGAGAAAAGAUGGCCACUUCACAAUCCAUGCUGCUUUCUCCUGCUGUGCUCGAUAGUCCUCGAAAUCAAAUUGAAAGUGAUGACUCGAGGCAUGACAGUCCUGUCAAGACUUUCCGUAGCUCGUUCAGACCAACCUUUAGAGCACUGACACCCAUUGAAAUGCCAAUACUUGACGAGUCAAACAAUCAAGACUCCCAGGGACAGACCCAAUCAGAAAAUGAUGAUUCUAUUGAUGUUUCUAAAAGGCCUCAGCAAAGAAAAUCCUGCAGUAGUGAACGUGAACUUGAUUUGCCUCCUCCAAUUUUAGAUCAAGAUUGGGAAGAAAUUGCCGAUCCUGGUAUGGACCCUCUUGAUGUUCUAAUACAGGAUGCACUAGAAAAAAUGUCCCCUAAAUCGUCCAAUGGAAUGGAUCUACCUCAACAAGAAAAUCAGGGAGAAAUGGUGAUGGAGGAUUCCGUAGAUGAAACGGUGGACAUUGUGAGGAAGAAAACCCAGUCGAAGCUGUCCUCCAAAUCAUUCUUGGAAAUUUAUCUGCCACCUCUAAGUCAUCCAGACGCAGAACAAGAGCAGCUGCAAAAUGAGAAUUCCGUUGAUCAAUCUAUUCAAAACUCUAAUAAUGUCCAUCAGCAAGAACAGUUUGAAAAGGAUCCCUUAGAAAUAGAACUGAAUCAGUUAAGGUCACAGGAUGCAGAUGUUCGGUCUAUAGAUUCUGAGAAUGAAUCGCGGGAAGAAAUUCAGCUUUCAAGACCAAAGACCAGACCCUUUGAAAAGCAACAAACAGAUUUCUCUUUACCCCCAGUUCCUGUAUCCCCCAAAAGUACUUCAGCAAAAGAAUCUAAUCAGCUUGAAGAUUCAAAUGGAGAGGAAUGGGUUCCUACCAGGAAAAACCCAUCCCGUAGCACCUCAUCACUCUCGAACAGCUCAACUAAUUUGGAGGUUCAAGAGAAGCAGACUUCCAUGAGGACCGAUUUUUCGACUAAAGAAUCGGUGUCAUCGGCAGUAGUUGAGGAUGAGAAUGUUUCAACAUCUAACAGGGGCGGGGCAAGCACUGAGGAAUCUGAGGACGACGUCAUUGAGACCCGUAGGCAAAGGGCUGCCAAGAAAAUCUCCAGGGAUUUAAUGUUUUCAUUGUCACCUCUUAAAAGCAUAGAGGAUGGCAAAAGUAAUGUUGCUGAAUCUGGUGGAAAACCUGUCGAUGCUAGUGAAAGACGUUCGAGAGCCAGCAAAGCAUCUGUGGCCAUGCAGAUUACUUUAGAUGGAAAUAUCGCUGACCUUGAUGCCCCUCAACCCAAUGCUUUAGUAAGUGAGAAAGAAGAUAUUUCUGACGUCCUCCCUUUGGAUGAAACAGUCGAGCCGCCUCAAGAAAUCGAAGUUGAAAAUACUUCUAAUGUGUCUGCCAAGAGCACUGUAGUGGACAAGUCGCAAGCAGGCAAUGCAACCAGCAUUUCUGUCUCAGCACCACUGGAGGCGAGCGUCUUAUCUGAUGAAUCUAUUGUGCAGAAUAGACGCCCUAACUUGAGAGAUAAAGCUAAGAGGAAAACUAGCUCUAGAUUUGAAGGGUUCCAGUUGUUUACACCAAAUCGAGAGCAAACCUCUUUACUUGAAGAGGACAAUAGUGGAGAACCCAUUGAGCCAAGACGUAAAGCAAGAAGCUUAAAAAGUUUGCCCAAAAAAUCUUCUAGCAGUGUUUCAAUACUCCCCUCAGCUGAAGAAGUUGAGACCUCAAAUUUGAACAAGGUUCCGGAGAAGCAAGCUACGGAAAGGUCCAAGUCUUCUACUGGAGAAUCAGUUUCAUCGGCAAUAGUUGAGGAAGAAAAUGUUUUGAUGUCCCACAGGGAUGAGGCGGACAUUGAGGAAUCCGAAGAGGAAGUCGUCCUCUCUCGAAAGCUAAGGACUGCCAAGAAAAGCUCCAGGGAUAUGGCGAUUUCACUAUCACCUCUAAAAAGCAUGUUGGAAGGCAAAAGUAAUGUUUCUGAAUCUAGUGAAAAGCCUGCCGACGCAAAGAAAAAGAGGUCCCGAGAGCAAAACUCUGCUCCCCCUAUUGGAGAGGAUAGUGAAGGAGAAACCAUUGAGCCAAGACGUCAAAAUAAAAGCGAAGGGCGUUCUCCUCAGAAAUCUCCUCGCAGUUCUUCAACAAAGAAAGUUGAAACCUCAAAUUUGGAUAAAGUGCACGAGAAGAAAACGUCUAGAAAGACUAAAUCUUCAACCAGACCCAGAGUAUCGUUUGCAUCCACAGUAGUUGAUGAAGAGAAUAUUUCUAGGACUAGCAAGGAUGGGGCGAGAACUGAGGAAUCUGAAGAGGAAGUCAUCCAACCCCAGAGGCCUAGGGUUGCUAAAAAGAGCUCCAGGGUUAUGGAAUUUUCAUUAUCACCUCUAAAAAGCAUGUCGGAUGGUGAAAGUAAUUUAUCUGAAUCUGGUGGAAAAUCAGCCGACGCAAAGAAAAAGAGGUCCAGAGAGCAAAACUCUGCCCCCACUAAUGAAACUAUCGAGCCAAUGCGUCAAAAUAAAAGUAAAAGACGUUCUCCUCAGGAAUCUCCUCGCAGUUCUCUAAAAAAGAGAGUUGAGACUUCAAAUUUGGAGAAAACGCAAGAGGAACCAAGUUCCAGAGGUACCAAGUCUUCAGCCCGAGCAUCAGUUGCAUCCGCAGUAGUUGAGGAAGAAAAUUUGUCAAGAUCUAACAGGGAUGAGGCGAGCACUGAGGAAUCUGAAGAAGAAGUCAUCCCAUCUCGGAGGCAAAGAACUGCCAAGAAAAGCUCCAGGGAUAUGGCGAUUUCACUAUCACCUCUAAAAAGCAUGUCAGAAGGCAAAAGUAAUGUUUCUGAAUCUAGUGAAAAGCCUGCCCACGCAAAGAAAAAGAGGUCCGGAGAGCAAAACUCUGCUCCCCCUAUUGGAGAGGAUAGUGAUGGAGAAACCAUUGAGCCAAGGCGUCAAAAUAAAAGCAAAGAACAUUCUCCUCAGAAAUCUCCUCGCAGUUCUUCAAUAAAGGAAGUUAAGACCUCAAAUUUGGAUAAAGUGCAAGAGAAGAAAACAUCCCGAAAGACUAAAUCUUCAACCAGAGUAUCGUUUGCAUCCACAGUAGUUGAUGAAGAGAAUAUUUCUAAGACUAGCAUGGGUGGGGCGAGAACUGAGGAAUCUGAAGAGGAAGUCAUCCAACCUCGAAGGCAAAGGGCUGCUAAAAAGAGCUCCAGGGUUAUGGAAUUUUCACUAUCACCUCUAAGAAGCAUUUCGGGGGGCAAAAGUAAUGUGUCUGAAUCUGGUGGAAAAUCUGCCAAUACUACUGAAAAGCGAUCAAGAGAGCAAAAGUCUGCCCCCAUUACUGAGGAGGAUAAUGUUGGAGAAACCAUCGUGCCAGGGAGUCAAGAAAGAAGCAAAGGGCGUUCUCAGAUAUCUACUCACAGUUCUUCAAAACUCACUUUAAUAGAAGAAUUUGCGGCGUUAAUUGCAGAUUCAGAGAAGCCCCAAGAAACUGGUACUAUGAAUAGUCCAAGUAAAAAUACAAGAAGUGUUAAAUCCAAACAAGUCUCUCUAGCUGCUCAGAAAUCAAGUUCAACUUCUGCGUCUUCCACCAGUGCAGUGACAGAAAUUUCAGAAGUGGACAAAAACAGAACUGAAAGUCAAGCAUCUCAUAAGCUUUCAGCAAAGAAAUCAGAGGAGCCCAAGAACAAAAAAUCUAAGAUUUCCAUCAGAGUUGGCCAAAAAGGAGCGGAAAAGAGACCUGCUAAAGACUCGGAUAACUUCAGACUUUCCAACACUAUGGACUUGGAUUACUCUAUGAUGCAUGAGGAAUCUUAUAGAGAACCCGUUGCUCCAAGAAAGUCAGUCAAGGAGGUAACAAACAUGUCUCUAGAGUCAACAAAGAGCCGUCACCACACACUGGCAAAUGAGGAAGCUGAAACCAGCACCACAGUGCAGCGUAAUCCAGCCUCUGAAAGUGAUUCGUCCAGUGAAGAAGAGACGCCAGUUGAUUUCAAGAGACGCAAAAUUCAAUACCGAAAAUCAAAAUCUUGGAGCAAUUCCACCGCAGGGUCAUUGAAGUUUUCAUUUCGCGCUGGGAAUAACACAACCGCCUCCUCUAUUAAGUCUGGCAAGGAACAGGAAAAAACUGAAGAGUUAUCCAAGACUAGUGCGAGCAAAAAGUCCACCCCCAUCAGCACUGGAAACGAGAGCAAUGCGCAAGAAUCCUCUGCUGCUGAAGGAAUCUCAAUUUUAGAUGAGCAGAUGCAGAGAUACACAAUGUUCAAGUAUACAGGAGAGGCUAGCAUCAGUGACAUACUUGGUCCUGUAGAUAAGAUUAGAAAACAAACAAAUAUUGGAUCUCAGGAUUCGGCAGAAAGCCUCGUCACUCACAGACACAGCCCUGCAAAACCUUCCAAAGUAGACAAUGCACCAGUGCCACAGUUGGUUGAGAAAGCUACUUCAAGUAACUUACCCAAGAAAACUGGUUCCAACGUUACGAGUUUUUUUGCCAGGCAAAAAUCCUCCAAGCAAAACCUUCAGAAAAGUCUUGGUGAGGAAGGUGAUUCAAAUGCUACUUCCAGUUCAUUUGCACUGAAUGACAAAGAGCUCAGAACGUCUACACCUCAAAACGACAUGGUUCUAACAGAAAAAGAUGUUGCCGAGGCUCUAGAAGUGAUGGAAAACAAUCCUGAUGUGUCGGAUGAUACAGGUGGAGACAAGAUUUAUACCAGAGAAGAUUUCAGCUCUGUCUUGGGAAUCUUCAAACAACCACGUCAGAGUUAUCGAGGUCCUAAAUCAAAGAAAGUGUUCACCUUGGCUGAUUUUGAAAAGGCGAUGUAUGGAGUUCGUUCCCCUAGUAUGCUGGUCGACAUGUCCAGCGCCGCUCACUUGGAGGGACUGCGGAACAAAUUCAGCAUCAGAGAUUUCGAGCGAGCAGUGAUUAAACUGAAGAACAAGUCCAUCGCUGGAGGAGCAAGUGUCUCAACCAUUCAAACACCAGUUCCAGAAAAAGCCAAAGGUGUUAGUAAUGUUGUGGAGCCGAAUGAAAUUUCUUCGACUCCGUUGCAAAGAAAAGCAGACCAAAGAGAAGAACCUGCCAACGUCACAAAUGCACAAAAUAAUGGUGAAAAACGGGCAUUUUCUCCCGUCAUAGAUACACCAGAAGUAAAUACUCAGCCGCAAUCUGAUAGUCUCAAUCAGGAGGACAGUCAAACUGUCCUGGGAACACCUGAAGAGGAGGACAACUAUGGGGACAACGAAGACAAUGAUGAGGAUAACAAUGAUAGUGGUGAAAACCAAGAAGAAGAAUCUCGGCGUUCGAGCCCAGAUAAAUCAAUUGAACAGAGUGUGACCAUGAACCCCUCGGAUAGCUCAAACGAGUCAGACCGAAAUCAAAAUACUCCUGAUCCAGAGACUGAAACUCAAAGUUAUUCUGAAAAGACUGUAUCGAGUGAUUCGCCUGAAAGCUCUGAUGAAGAGGCCGAGUUGCAAAAGAAGGACGAAGAAAAAAGUCUUUCGCCCCAGCCAAGCACCAGCAAGGGUCCUCCUGCAAAGGAACCAUCAAAGCGGUCUACUCAAGGCCAAUCUUUGAUCACAUCCUUCUUAGGAAAUUCAGGCCGAUCCUCCAAGUCAGUUGCUGGACCCUCGGGUCAAGGCCCCUCCAAUUCAGCUCGACGCACUCUGCUGACAGUGGACCAAAACUCCCCAUCUACAAAACGCACCAAGCAAACAGGAGUCAACGAGUCUGGUGUGGGUCCAAUUGAUGGAAAAGAGUCCAUUCGAAAUUUCUGCAAGAACUACAAGGAGUUUGCACGGCAAAAGUGGAAUCAGUUUGGGCCGACCGUUAUGGCCAAAGCACAGGAAGAGGCGAGAAAGAAGCAAACCAUUAUUCCAAAAGCAAAGCCGACAGCUCGGAAACCUCGUAUUGCAGCCCCAGUCUCUGCCGCUACUGCUGCUGCCCUGGCAAAGCAGGUUGACAUCCUGAAAGAGAUGAAGAAAGAGGGUUGGGUGAACAAGCGCCUGCUCUUGAAGCUGGAUAAAAUCUUCAAGGAUCAACCUCCAAAGGUGAGGAACGACUUCAUCAGAUACCUUGCAACCAACAUUAGAGAAGUCUUAAAGAAGAAGGCAGUAGAUGAAAAGAGGGUGAGAAAUGUGAUGAAGGCCUGCCACAAGGUUGGAAUUUGCCACACCUACAACGAGUUUGGCAGCUUCAUGAGAGAUUACCUGCCGACGCUAUUUGAAGAAAAAGCGUUCUUGAAAUUCCGCUUUGAGAAGAUAUAUUACGAUUUUGGCGAAAACAACCAGUAGAAGAUUUCAUUAAAGGCUUGCAGACAUAUUUAAUUUUGUGCUUGAUUCAAUUAAAUUUAAUUAUAGUUUGUUUGAUUGAAGAAUAAUACGAAUAAUAGUGCCUGACUAGAUGUAAUUCUUAAAUUAUUUCAAAUAAAUCUGAAUAAAUCCAUUAAUAAUAUUAUUA